AUGGAUACUCCAUCCUCCGGCACAGCGACACCAGUCGACCUGGAACAUGGCGAGGGCCAGAUUCGCAAACGACUUACAGUCACCUUCCGCGAUUUGAACGUCCGAGUCACAGCACCAGAUGCUGCUUUAGGAAGCACUUUAUGGUCAGAGGUGGACCCGCGACAGGUUGGGGCACUGCUGAAGCGCGGCGACCGUCCAAAAAGGACCAUCCUAAAAGAUGUUGCAGGUCAGGUCAAGCCCGGGGAAAUGCUUCUUGUGCUGGGACGCCCAGGCUCCGGAUGCACUUCCCUCCUUCGAGUGCUCUCCAAUGACCGGGAUAGCUUCGAUGAAGUCACUGGCGAAACCAACUAUGGAAGCAUGGAUCACAAAGCUGCCAAAAGGGUUCGUCAGCAGAUCAUGUUUAACAAUGAAGACGACCUUCACUUCCCAACCCUUACUGUCAAUCGUACAAUGAAAUUCGCCCUUCGAAACAAGGUCCCCAACGAGCGCCCAGAGCAUCUGAGAAACCGCAAGGACUUCGUGCAAAACCAGCGUGACGAUAUCUUAGGGUCACUUGGAAUUGGACACACGAAGAAGAACUUGGUAGGAAACGAAUACAUCCGAGGUGUAUCAGGAGGCGAGCGUAAGCGCGUCUCUCUUGCUGAGGUUCUGGCUGGGCAAAGUCCAGUCCAAAUGUGGGACAAUCCUACUCGGGGAUUGGACUCGAAAUCGGCGGUGGAAUUUGCUCGUAUGCUCCGACGCGAAGCGGAUCGAAACGACAAGACGAUUAUUACCACUACAUACCAAGCCGGCAACGGCAUUUAUGACCAGUUCGAUAAGGUCCUCGUUCUGGCUGAAGGCCGUGUCACUUACUAUGGCCCUCGUCGUAUUGCAAGGAAAUACUUUGAAGAUCUUGGAUUCAUCUGUCCCAAGGGUGCCAAUGUCGCAGACUUCCUGACUUCAGUCACUGUUCUUACUGAACGGACACUCCGACCAGGCUGGGAAGAGAAGGUGCCCAAUACACCCGAGGACUUCGAAAACUGCUAUCAAAACAGUCCCAUCUGCAAAGAUCAAAUGGCCUCCAUUGUAGACCCCGAGAAGCUGAGCUACGAAGCUGAAGAUCUUAAACUGGCUGUGUCUAGUGAAAAGCGCAAGCAGCAUAUUCCUCGGAACAGCAGUGUUUAUACAGCAAAUCUCUGGGAUCAGAUUGCCGCUUGUGCUCUUCGCCAAUUCCAAGUUAUCUGGGGUGAUAAGCUCUCACUGUUUGUGAAGGUCGGGUCGGCUAUAAUCCAGGCCUUGGUCUGUGGAAGUUUGUUCUAUGACUUGCCAGAGGAUUCGAGCUCAAUCUUCUUGCGCCCCGGUGUUUGCUUUUUCCCGGUGUUAUAUUUCCUCCUUGAAAGUCUGUCUGAGACAACUGCUUCCUUUAUGGGCCGGCCAAUUCUUUCUCGUCAGAAGCGAUUCGGAUUUUACCGCCCUACGGCCUUUGCCAUUGCCAACGCCAUCACUGAUAUCCCUGUUGUCAUGUUCCAGGUGACCUGCUUCUCACUCAUUCUUUACUUCAUGUCUGCUCUUCAGAUGGACGCAGGAAAGUUCUUCACAUUUUGGAUCGUCGUUAUUGCGCAGACGUUGUGCUUUGUACAAAUAUUCCGAGCCGUUGGCGCUGUUUGCAAACAAUUUGGAAAUGCAUCCAAAAUCUCCGGCUUGCUUUCCACGGUCUUCUUUGUCUAUGGAGGAUAUAUUAUCCCAUUCCACAAGAUGCAUGUGUGGUUCCGUUGGAUCUUCUACCUCAAUCCGGGAGCAUAUGCCUUCGAAGCACUCAUGGCAAAUGAGUUUGUUGGACGCAAAUUCACAUGCAUAGAACCCGACUAUCUCCCAUACGGCAACGGGUACUCCAACUCAGCGUCUCCCCACCGUGGAUGUUCAGUCCUUGGGAGCGAUGAUGAAGGUAUUAUUGAUGGAGAAAAAUACAUUCAAGAGCAAUUCAGUUACUCAGUCCAUCACAUCUGGAGAAGCUUUGGUAUUCUGAUUGGAUUCUGGAUUUUCUUCAUCUUUAUGACUUCUUUCGGGCUUGAAUUCCGGAACAGCCAGAGCGGAUCGUCUGUUCUACUUUACAAGCGUGGCAGCGAGAAAGCUCGUGAAAAGGAAGAAGGCGAGAAGUCAGAGUCUCCAAAAGAGGCAGAUGCUGGCGCACUUUUGGGCUCGGUCAAGCAAUCCACUUUUACAUGGAAAGACCUUGACUACCAUGUACCUUUCCACGGUGAGAAGAAACAGCUUCUGAACAAGGUAUUUGGAUUUGUUCAACCCGGAAACUUGGUCGCCCUUAUGGGAGCUUCUGGAGCCGGAAAAACAACAUUGUUGGAUGUGCUUGCUCAGCGAAAGGAUAGCGGAGAGAUCUACGGAUCAGUUUUGAUUGACGGCCGCCCAGUUGGAAUUAGCUUCCAACGCACUACUGGUUACUGCGAGCAGAUGGAUGUGCAUCUUGAGACAGCCACCGUCAAGGAGGCAUUGGACUUUUCGGCCGUUCUUCGCCAGCCAUCGACAGUUUCACACGAAGAAAAGAUCGCUUACGUCGAACAUAUUAUCGACCUUUUGGAGUUGCGUGAUAUCAGCGAAGCACUCAUCGGAGUACCUGGAGCUGGACUCAGCAUUGAACAGCGCAAACGCGUGACCCUCGGCGUUGAGCUUGUUGCUAAGCCCACAUUGCUGUUCUUGGAUGAACCUACCUCCGGUCUUGAUGGCCAAAGUGCGUUCAACAUUGUGCGUUUCCUUCGCAAACUGGUUGAUGGCGGCCAAGCCGUGUUGUGUACAAUUCACCAACCAUCUGCGGUGCUAUUCGAUGCAUUUGAUGGUCUCCUCUUGCUAGCCAAGGGUGGCAAAAUGACAUAUUUCGGAGAAACCGGCAAGGACUCAACCAAAAUCUUGGAAUACUUCACUCGGAACGGAGCGCCAUGCCCUCCGGAUGCGAACCCAGCAGAGCACAUCAUUGAUGUUGUUCAAGGAGGUGGUACUACGGACCAAAAAGAUUGGGUUGAAAUUUGGAACCAGUCAGAAGAGCGCAAGCAAGCGCUCUCCCAGCUUGAUGCACUCAACGAGUCUAGCAAAAAUAUUUCCGACUAUGUUGAAGAUACUGCUGACUAUGCGACCUCGCACUGGUUCCAAUUCAAGACGGUCUCUAAGCGCCUCAGUAUUCAUAUCUGGCGCUCACCAGACUACAUGUGGAACAAGAUCAUUCUUCAUAUCUUCGCGGCUCUUUUCAGUGGUUUUACCUUCUGGAAGAUCGGAACUGGAACUUUCGACCUUCAGUUGAGACUCUUUGCGAUUUUUAACUUCAUCUUCGUUGCUCCAGGCUGCAUCAACCAAAUGCAGCCAUUCUUCCUACACAGUCGUGAUAUUUUUGAAACUAGAGAGAAAAAGUCCAAAACCUACCACUGGAGCGCCUUCAUCGGAGCGCAAACUCUGACGGAAAUUCCAUACCUUAUUAUUUGCGCCACACUCUACUUUGCAUGCUGGUACUUCACUGCAGGCCUUCCGCUAGAGGCCAGUGUUUCUGGGCAUGUCUAUCUUCAGAUGAUUUUCUAUGAGCUCCUAUACACUUCUAUUGGCCAGGCAAUUGCGGCGUACGCACCGAACGAGUAUUUUGCGGCUGUGAUGAACCCGGUCUUGAUCGGUGCCGGCCUUAUCAGUUUCUGUGGCGUGGUGGUUCCGUACGCCUUGAUGCAACCAUUUUGGCGAUACUGGAUUUACUACCUGGACCCCUUCAACUACUUGGUUGGUGGGCUGUUUGGCGAAGUGGUCUGGGAUAUCAAGGUCAAGUGUGAACCGUCGGAAUUCGUGCAGUUCACCACGCCGUCUGGGCAGACCUGUGGCCAAUACAUGACCGAUUUCCUCGCCACGCAGACUGGUUAUCUAGCUGAUGGAAACUCGACUGGGACAUGCUUAUUCUGUCCGUAUUCUGAAGGUUCUGAUUACGCGAAAACGUUCAAUCUUCAAGAGAAAUACUAUUCGUGGAGGGAUACGGGUAUCACUGCCCUGUUCUGCAUCUCAUCAUAUGCCUUGGUGUUCUUCAUGAUGAAGCUCAGGAGCAAGAAGACGAAGAGUGCCCGUUCCGAAUGA